UUAUCCGUUAUUCAUGCAGAUUUUGCCGCGAAAUAUUUCCUGCACGCAUUUUACAUUAUUUUUCUGUUUUUAAGUUUUUACACUAAAGUUAUGUUCGAAUGUAAAAAUCCAGUAAUUGAAGUAUCGUGUUUUGUGGGCGAUGAUGUACGCCAGCUGGUGGAGGUCGAACAUUACGUGAAGUGCUAUUCGUUUCCUGUAGCAGUAAAGGAAGAUUCGCCAGUGCAGCUGUUCGGUAUCGACUUUUACUAUUUGGACGAGGAAUUACUACAGACUCUAGUGUAUGCAGCGCGGGGCAAUAUUGGAAAACUAACAGUAGCAGAAGUUAGGCGCGAGCUUGGGGACUCAGAAUGCCGGCGGAGGCGAACGGAAAUUACUCGAUUCUUGAGGAUCAUCUUAGAUCAAUCGAAAAAUUUUCCGUUAUGUAAAUUGCAGGAGAUUCUAGCAAUAACACAGGCCUGUUUGCCGCCGUUGGUCGAUAUUGUAGAGGAUUUCGGGCUGGUCCCCGUAAAAGAAAUGACCCUUGUGUCCUAUGAGUAUUUUCAUGCCGUGUUGGAUUGGCGAUGGCUUGGAUUACUGAUAAGCUUUGAGAUUCAGAAACACGAACAAACGGAGACAAAAUUCGAUCAAUCAUAUGAGGAAAUGUUGGCAAGUCUAGUUGAGUUGGCAUUAUGGAAAUACAGCAAAACUAACAGAAAGGAGUUAGUAACGGAGCGUCAAUUUUAUUGUCCAUGCAUAAAACAAAUGUGGAUCGGAAUAAUGGCAAUAUCUAGUUAUAGAAACAUUUCUAGUUUUUGGACUGAUUUACAAAAUACGCUGGAGAGGAUACAAAAAGGCAAUCGAGACGCAUCUAGCAAACAGAAAAAACGUUUUGGAGCAGUUUCAAUUCAAGCGAAUGAUAUUAUUUUUCAAACAUGGUUAAUCAACGGACUUGCAUCAUUGUAUCAAUAUCGAUUACUUGAUGAGGUCACAUUUAAAGAGAAACCGGUAAUCGCUACUCCUGAAGAUUAUACUGUGCUGGAGAAGGCAAUCAAGGAGCUCAUACAGAGAGAUCAAUCGGAAGAACAAACCAGAAUAGUUCUGCUUUUAAUCAAACCGAUUUACACACAAUGGUGGCAAAUCAAACAUGAAUUGAUUGUUUCUCUCUGGGACUAUUUCGGUAAACGCCUUAAUUCACCGUUCCAUGUGCCAUCUGAGUCCCUCAGUAAUCUUGCUUGCAUUAGUCGGUCUCCAACAGAUUUCAUCGAAAAGGCUCGCUAUCAAGCCAGUCAAGAGGCAUUUGAUAGUCUAAGUUUACAAACAUCCAGUUUCAAAUGUUACAUUAUUUUGCUUGCCUUCACUCUGCGCCAUUAUUCGAAGAACGCCCAAAAAACUAAGGUUCAGAUUCUGUUUAAUCGCACAAUUUUCAGAAUCACCCCACCUAAGUUGGAACAAAUGACUGAGCAAGCAAUUUAUAAUUUCUCACUUCUCAUGAUGACCAUGAUGGAAGCGACAACUUACCAAGACGACUAUCCGCGUCUAGCGAAACAAUUGUUCCAGAUUAAAUAUGACUGCUCGAACCAGACGGUAACAGUGAGUUCCGCGAUUCAACGCAUAACGACCAUCGUUUUGGCAAAUAUGGCACUUAUAAUUGUGUUCAAAGAGAAGGGUUUCGACAAAUCGAGCCACUUGCGGAUCUUCUUGCAAAACGUGAACGAAGCUCUACGGGUUUACGGUGAGCGGUUACAACCCGCGCUGAAUGUGUUGGCCGAAGGAAUGCGUCUUGUGUACGACCAAGCUGUGGCGAAGGGCUCAUUGGAUGAAGGAGACGAAACAUUCCUAGGGGACUGGUUAGAGCCGUACCUGAAAGUUUGCUCUGCGAGCGAGCGUGAUGCGCUAUUGGAAUGUCUCUGCCGGGUUGUGGAAAGCAUUGACCGAAAGAAGAAUCUCAACGAAAAAGCCCACGUAAGGAUUCUGCGGCCAAUGUACACCCAUGUGCUUCCCUACAUCAAGGAUGCGUUCGCUAAAGAUACAGCCACAACGCUUCUCAUCGCAGAACUGGCCGUUCGUUUUACGCUGUAUUCCACAGGCCAGUCAUAUGCACCCAACUUUCUAACGCUGUUCAACUUUUUCGUGGAUAAUACCAACGCAAACGUGCAACUGCGUCUGCAUUUUGUCAAGUUGAUAGUUGCUAGCGAUCGGAUAGGUGAAAUUGAGGAAAAGCUGCUGCUGCGAAUUUGGUUAAAAUUUUCACUAUUGGUUGGACGAGAUUCAGAGAUGCGAGAUUUCUCGCAAUUCGUCUGUCGGAUGGGCGAAUUUCGAUCUCUAUGUGAGGUGCCGGAAUAUGAUCUGUGUGACGGAGAUGAGGAACCGAUUGGAUUAUUUUUCAAAUUCGUCGGCAAGAAGUGCAAGGAAUACGAAGCAAUUGAUAUUCGUGCCCAGCAGGAAAUGGCCAUUAGGAUACAUGCGUUGUUCCAGCAUUUCGACAGAUGGGUAACAACCCCCAAUGUAGCUAUGCUGAAAAAAAUUAUGGCAGUGCUCGCGUUAGCUCUGAAAGAAUGCGGUCCAAUUGUUUACAUAAAGACUAACCCGACAUGUCUGUACCACAUAGCGUUUCAUCAAUACUUCUUACCUCUUGCCGUACUCGCGGAUAGGAAUGUCCCAAAUGAAAUGAUUUUAGCUAUGGUAAGAGUUUGGCACAAGAUAAUGGAAGCGUUGGGUUCGAUGAAUUAUACCAACGAUCCUUUGAUCAGUGAUCAUGCAUCAAAUAUGAUGGUCAAAUGGGCUAUUCAAUUCAUGAAACACAAGGACAUAAAGGAUGCUGUAAGACCGUUCAUUACGUUUUUCUCAUCGCAAAACGAAGCUUUUGUCGCAUUUGCGUUUAACAGAUUCUUAUUUUGGUUUGUUGAGCUACGAGCAUCCUGCCCGAAAGUAAAUUCUGAUACCGGCAUGACCAUUCUGUUACAUUUGCUAAGUACUCUUCAUAGAACCGAAGAUAACGGAAAAAUCGCAUUAUUUAUUCGGUUGAUGGCAUCUGUUAUAAUGGAUCACGCCUUGAUGGCUCCGGAAUCAAGUGCAAGCAAAGCUAUUGCGAAUGAUAUAGUGAUGAAAAUGCUCGAAUGCUCCCGCAAUAAUUCCAAUCUUGUCAAUUUGGAGCUCAAGUCUUGCCUAGCCGGAUUCACCAGGAAACAUCUACCAAUGGAAACGGCUCAGUAUUUCCGUUUCAUGUACAAGCUAGCCGACAAAAAUCCAACGUUCAUCAAAUCAAUUAUACCAACGAUACGCGAGGAUUUGUCGGAAACAGAAAGAUUGCGAGGAGUAGGAGAAGACAAACACUUGCGACGUUUGCUGAUGCAGCUAGAAGGAGCGGUGGAAGCUAGUUUGAAUAGGCAGAAUAAAUGAAACUGUUCAUUUAUAGAAAAUAAGGUAGCGCUGGUGCGCAGUCGCUGUGAUAUGAAUACAUGGAGAUUUCUCAGAUGAAAUAACGACGGAUGACAGUGGAUAGCAAACGCAAACAAUAAAAAUUGCAGCAUCGUUCCUAACAUAUUCCAGUUACUCUAGCUGGCAUUUAAAUUCUGAUGUUUUGUUAAAUAAAAUAUAGAUCAUAUAUAUUUCAAA